AAAUUAAAAACUAUUAAGAAUACAAAACAAUCACUGUAUUAUACCUUAAAACAAAUAAUCACGGAAGUAGUUCAACAACGCAGCCUAAGACCGUCACCAAAUACCUCUGACCCAGAACAAACGGUACCAGUUAUGUUCACAACACAACACUUCGUAUCCGAACAGAUAAAAUACUCAACAGAAACCGUUAGAAAAGUAGUAAAAAGUUGGCCACCAAAAUCAAGUCAUCACCUCUUGUCAAUUGUCAUUUUCAAGUUUCAACUCCUUCAAUUCCCUAUUUAUAUCCAUCAUCAAGACUCCACAAAUCCAAUCAAACAAACACAAAUCAACCCAACAAAAGUUAAAAAAACUCAAAAGGAUUCUCUUCAAAAACAUCUCUCAAGAAAACAGGAAUGGGUUUAAUGUUGCUUACAAUUUUCAUGGCUGUGAUGCCUUCUACAAGAGUCUCUGCUCAGUCAAGUUGCACGAGCGUGUUGAUCAGCAUGGCACCAUGUCUCAACUACAUAACCGGAAACACUACCUCUCCUUCUCAGCAAUGCUGCAGCCAGUUGAGUAGCGUAGUUCAGUCUUCUCCUGACUGUUUGUGUCAAGCCCUCAAUGGUGGAAGAUCUCAGCUUGGGCUCAACAUUAACCAAACACAGGCUCUUGCUUUGCCAAGGGCUUGUAAUGUUCAGACUCCUCCUAUCAGUCGCUGUAACGGUGGUGGUUCUAAUGCUGACUCUCCUGCAGAUUCACCAAAAUCUUCAGGACCAGGAAAUGGAUCGAAAACCGUACCAGUAGGAGAAGGAGAUGGAUCAUCGUCUGAUGGAAGCUCUAUCAAGUUCUCAUAUCCUCUUCUUGCCUUCCUUAUUGCGGCUUCCUACAUGGCAGUCUUCUUGAAAUACUGAUUUUCCCCUAUCCACGUUUCUCCUGAAACCGAUUAAGCUUUUAUGCCACCUAGAUUGCAUUCUUUAUUUGUUCACAUUUUGUUGUGAUUAAGUAUGAUCUAUAAUUUUAUGUUCUGUCAAUCCCUACUACUCUCCGGUGAUAUUGUUUGUAGCAACGGAGAACAUCUUGGAUCUCUUUACCUUUUACAAUAAAUAUUAUUUUUUGGAACACA